AGGCUGUGCGCGUGCGCAGCUGGGCGAGGGGCGGGGCCGGCGUGCGGAGAAAAGCGUCCUAGGACGGCUGCUGGCAAGGUUCACGUUGGAGUGUUUCGCGUCGGUGAUUAUUAGGGUACCCAGAAACAUGGCCUCCCUACGGCUGCUCAGAGCUCCCUUCCUGUGUGUCCUGUUCUGGGCCCUUUGUGCUCCGUGUGCCAGGGCCGAGGAGCAUGGGGCUGGUGUCCAUCAUGGCAGCGUGGGCCUGGACAAGAGCACAGUGCACGACCAAGAGCACAUCAUGGAACAUCUGGAAGGUGUCAUCAACCAGCCAGAGAUUGAGAUGUCCCCACAGGAACUGCAGCUUCAUUAUUUCAAAAUGCAUGAUUAUGAUGGUAACAGUUUGCUUGACGGCUUAGAACUCUCAACAGCUAUCACUCACGUGCACAAGGAGGAGGGGAGUGAGCAGGCCCCAGUCAUGAGCGAGGACGAGCUCAUCAGCAUCAUUGAUGGCGUUCUGAGGGACGAUGACAAGAACAACGACGGCUACAUCGACUACGCUGAGUUUGCAAAGUCACUGCAGUAGAUGGCUGGCUCUUUCUUUUAUGCACAUGUGACCCUUUCUAAUGUGAUGGACAUGUCUGGUAAUGCGAAACAACUUAUUUCCGUCUACUGCUCAGCACUUUGGUAAGAGCCUGUGGCAGUCUGUUAGACUGGGUGGGGAAGAAGCCACAUGAAUAGGGAGAGAAGUGGGGCAGGCCUCAGUCCCUAUGUGCGUUUAAACUUGUUGGGCAAGAGCUGGAUGCGGAUCUUCAGAAGGGUGGUGGCGUAUCCCCACCCUCUCAGGAAUCUGACUGUAGAAUGCCAGUCAGAUUCAUCUGUUUUCUUGAUUUUAAUUCAUGCUACCUGAAAAGUAAAGACAAGCUGCUUGGCCAAGUGGACACAGUUGAGAAACAGCGGAGGGAGAGCGUGAGAUCCACACGCUUCCCCUGGUGUUCCUGUCUCUAGGCAGAUGUGGCCAGUAUUCUGUCCCCCAGGCAUACAGCACCAUAUCUUAAAGCCUCAGCAGAAAGAGAAUGUCACACACUGCCAACCAGUGCAGAGUCUACGAUUCCUUACUGGCAUUUUGGAAAUGAAGCACCACUGGCCUGAAUAAUUAGCCUUUUCCAGAUCUUCAGUAUCUUAAACAACUACUGCCACACCCUGUGUUCUGUCAUUCAACAUAAGAGAAACCUUGAAUUGGGGUGUGUUCUCUAAUCACUAUCCACUGUUUGAGCUUUCCUGAUCCUUGUAUUGUAUCCUUGCUCCCAGGGCUCCCUUUAUGGCAUAUGAACUGUUAACUUGGUAUCGCAGGUUAAACUAUCAGCUGGUCUAGCCUGAGCAAGGCCUGAGAAGAUCAGUCACUAAGAGCGGUGGCUAACCUCAUCCAAGUUUGGAAGGAAUGUUUUUAAAAUUACCUCUUCGAGCCUGAAUACAAGAAUUCUUUUAAUUUCAGGGAAGAUCAGAAAAGGAAGCCUAAAGCCCUUUAGCAUUGUGAACCUCAGUAGUAGCAGAAAGAGAAGCAGCCACAGGUUGUACUUGCUUAGUGGGGCAUCCUAGACAUACUAUAAAAGAAUCCAUGAUGGCAGGAUCAGAAAAGAAAUUGAAUCAAGUCUGCUCUAAGAUGAAUAGAGACCUAUUUUCUUUAUUAAAGUAUUCUUGUAAGACAGUUUUCUGUGUCAUGUAUUUGUGCAAUCAGAGAGGACAUGUAAGCUAUUCUUGUAAUAUCUCAUUAUUUUGAAAGAUUUAUAUAAUGAACUCUGGCUAUCUCACAAUAAAACGGAUGGAAAAGU